UGCAAGAAAAAUUCCAGAGGGUGUGCCCCUGCCUCGUCUGGACGAUACGCCAGUAACUGUACCUCCUUUCAUCAAGGACUAUGAAACAGAAGCGAUACCAAAGAGUUUACCAGAAACAGGUACAGUGCCUCCGGUUACUACAGCGCAGAAUAUAAAAGAGCUUGCACCAGAAACUACACCGUCGACAACGCAGGCCAGCACUACGGUAACUACACAGGGAAGCACACCAGAUUAUGUCGUCGAAUACGAAACAGACUAUUACUCGGAGUUUGCGCCAGAAACGACUGCGAAAUUUACCACAGAAACGACGCAACCUACUACUGCUGUGACCACUGAAAGAAUCACAACACGCCAAACCCUGCUUGGAGCUUCACAGUUAACCACACCGGCUCCGGUAUCUGCGACAACAAGAGCGACAACUAGAGGAACGGCCCGAGCGGAUACACGCAGAACUACGUGGUCAGACUCGUGGGACGGGGCGUGGGCUGCGACACGAGCACCUAAAUGGGCAGCUACGCGAGCACCAACUUGGGACGCGACACGGUCUCAGGCUUCCCGGGCACGAGGUACACCAACAGUCACAAAAGCACCAGUUACGCAAGCACGGGUCACCCAAGCACGAACAUCACACACGAGGGUGGGGCACGCACGAGUUAUGCAAGCAGUGGUGGCUAACGUCCCAGUGACAGUAGCACCACUGAAGAAGUCAUGGGCAGCACAAACACCAUCCCAGGUUGCGUAUCAAGAACCGAUACUGCCACCGAUACAGUCACAGACCGAACAACCAGUGAGGGAACCGACAAGAGCCACAACUGAAGCACCGAGUCAUUCAGUGUCUUUACAGCAACAAAGUUAUCAUAGCGAUACACCUAAAGUGCCUCUACAAGGAGAAAUUUAUAACAUCAGGCCACGUCCAGUCCCUCUACAAGAACAAAGUCAUGACAGCAAGCCAGUUCCAGUGCCUUUACAAGAAGAAACUUAUGACAAAAGGCCACGCCCAGUCCCUCCACAAGAACAGAGUUAUGACAGCAAGUCUCUUCUAGUGCCUUCACAAGAAUAUAGUCACGACAACAAUCCACCUCCAGUGGCUUUACAAGAAGAAACCAAUGACAGUAGGACACGUCCAGUGCCUUUACAAGAGCAAAGUUAUGACAGCAAGACAGUUCCAGUGCCUUCAAAAGAGCAAAACCAUGACAACAUGCCACCUCCAGUCUCUUCACAAAGACAAACUGAUGACAGCAGGCCACGUACAGUCACUUCGCAAGAACAAAAGUAUGAUGGCAAGGCACAUCCAGUUCCUUCAGAAGAACACAGUUAUGACAACAAGCCAGAUCCAGUCUCUUCACAAGAGCAAGGUUUCGGCAGCAAGUCACUUUCAGUUCCUUCACAGGAACAAAGUUAUGAUGGCAAGCCAACUCCUGCUCCAGAAUUAGAAGCGUCAACGAAGGUUGUUGAGACACCUACUGGACAAAGUGGUUCCGUGAGCUCUAAACCUUCCCCAGGAUAUUCAGGUGUUGGGGCGCCACUUCCAGCAACUGCGCUCGGAGACGUCACCUUGCUUCCUUUCCCACAACAACAUCUUAGUGCGACGCGAAAGCGUCGCAUUAAGUGCGUGAAGACAGGUGUUUUCGCUGACUUCAAAUCUGGCUGUCGUAGGUACCAUGUAUGUACGAAAAGUAAAAGCAAGACUUACGAGUGCCCGCAAGGUCUCCUAUUCAGCCCCAUCAAACAGAUGUGUGAUGUGCCGGAUAAGGUGACCUGUGCGCCCCCUCGUCACCGAGGCUGUGUGAACUGCAAGCCGUCGAGAACGUCGACGUCAAAGACGCCGUUUUCCCGCAGGCAUCAUGCCCAUGGCGUGCCUCCUGGAUUUCACUUUCAGUGCGAUCAACUGCCGGACGGUUUUUACCCGGACGUGGCCCGUCGCUGCCACGUCUUCUAUCGCUGCCACGGUGGCCAGACGUUCUCGCACUACUGCAAGGGAGGCCUGCUGUUCAACGCUAAGACGGGCAACUGCGAUUUCGAGGGGAGCGUGGACUGCUCAAUGCCGGGUGAUGAGGAGCCGUCGCCUAACGAGUCUGCAUGAGUGUUUCUCGCACACUUGUCAACACGGCUAGUCAGUGCGAAGAGCCUCGCAAACGCCAAGAAACUGCGGAGCAGUGCAACACGUGCCAAGUCGAGAUGAACCACUGUACAAAGGGAAAUGUGCUUCUGGUUACAAAGGCGACAGAGUGGAGCUCAAUCGAUGGGGUCCUGAGAUUUUAUUGUAAGAUUUCUAGCUUUGAAGGAACGCCGGUGAAGCGCGUCCUCGGCAGACCACCAACACAAUUUUCACUGAAAAACUUAAAACCUCUAUGCUUUCACUACAGUUGACUACGCUUUGGUGAAGCUACGGUACCCGAUGUUGCAUUAAUGCCUGAAAAGACAGACUAUGUGUUUUGCAUUCUGUGAACUGUUUUUCUUUUUAAGACGUGCCUUGUAAUUUGUGAUGCAGAAUCACUGUUUAUCAUGGUAGCAAUUUCUCAUGGUAGAAUUGUGUUUUUUUUGUGGAAGAUGUACUCGUGACUUGCUAUAGAGCUAAGAUCGCAUGAAGUAAUUAUUUUUCUCCUUUGUCAUAUCAUCUUGCGUUUGUAUUUUUGCCUGUAGAAAAACUAAAGGAAUCAGUCCACGAACGGAUUGCUCGAAACGCAAGUACCAUACUCUUCAACUAGUGUAUAGACUACCAUCCACACGUAUGACAGAUGUUCAUGUUCGAAACAGCUAUCCAUCAUGAAAGAGCAAGAACAUACGUGCCUUAUAAACUCUACAGAAUUGAUAACAAAGUAUUUCUUGCUGCAUCACUGCAUACCAUUGUGUAUGGUUGAUUCUAGUGAUAUAAAUUUUGCUCUAGCAGCCACAAGAAAAUAAAGGAAAGAACAUAAAGAUGUUAGCUAGCUUAAGCCGCACAGUCCAACGAGGGACUAAGUGUGGUCAUAAUUUUAUGGCACUUGCUAGAAGCACGACUUGUGUGCUGAAUUGUCUGAAACUAAAACUGUCAUUGUUGUGAAAUAAAUUCUACAAUACAUUAGUUCAA